AUUUAAACAAUUAAUUGAGUAAAUAAUAACAUGAGACAAAACUGAUAUCACAUCAAAUUUUAUUAGUGCAUAAAACUCCCUAAUAAAUUUCUUGAACUAUAACAAAUGCGGAAGCUGUAGGUCCAGAAAUUGAAGUCUUGAAAUUUGACGUAAUUUAACAUUAAAUUCAAUAGUAAAUUUACGUCAAUAAAAUUAAAUAAAAAGAAAGUAAAUUCAAUUACUCCAGUAAAUAGAAUGGAUCAAAACAAACUUGGAGACUCAAAUAUUGAAUUACGCUCUUUCACUUAAAUCAUCUGGACAGUCCAAGCGCAAGGAAAACAUAAAUUCUUAGGGAUUUGCCGUCAUAGACAAAACACAUCAAAAUUCUCAAGUUUGAUGCAAUGCCUCAAAUAAUUAUAAACCAAGACUAAAUUUAAUCUAGAAAAAAAAACAGGCUUCUAGAUCGUACAAAACCGACUGAACGAACAUAACAAUCCUCAUCGAUAAACUCAAGCCGGUAUUAACGGAUCGGCAAAAAUUAAAGGCACUUUGACAACAAAUAAUGGAUGACGCUUAGAUUUAACAAAAAAUCAAAUUCAUCCUAAUUAAAGUUCAACAUACAAAUGGCACAAAAGAAUACAGUGCUAAUUAAAUGCAAUUUUUCUUUUGGCAAAACACUGUCAGUAACUAAAAUUUUGAUCUGCCAGAUCAUACGAAUGAAAGAUGAUUGAGAUUUGAGACGGCGUAUGUAUGAUUCGUAUACCGAAUGUUACGUAUAAUUUAUGAUGUCAAAUUGGACUUGGCUCUGAUACCAAUUGUUAGAUUAAAUUCCAAGAUCGGCAUAAUAUAAUUAUACAUAAUUAUAUACUGAUAGAUCUGAGAUUCAGGAAUACCUGGAUCCAUGAUAGAUGAAUGAAUUGGAAUAAAUCCCUUAUCCCUCUGGCUUUUUUCCUUACGAGAUUCUUGACAGAUAGAGAUCUCUCACUAAUAUUGUGUUGUUAUUCCAUAGGGAAUAAGCGUAUAUAUAAAGGCACAGGAGAGGGUUGGGGAACCCUAGUCCUAGACAGACUUAAACAUAGGUUCAGCCUAUCAUUAAACCAAUUAAAUGUCUAGGACUAUACAAACUCUAUUAAUAACAUAUAACCCCAAAUACAUGACCAAUAUUAGAAUAUUAAUAAUUAAAUAAAUAUUCUAACAAUGAUUACUCAGAUUCAAGGGGGGAAAACAUCCAAGCUUAUUGAACUUAGCCUUUUCCUCCGGGCAUCCUCUUCCAAGCCGAUAUGGUCCAACCCCAGUUCAACCAGGUCUCCAGCGAAGAUGAAAAGAACAUCUGAAUAUGGGUGUCCGCCGUCCGGGUCUCAGUUCAACCCCUUCUCCGGUGGGCAAAGGGUGCUCCGGAAUUCCGGCAGCCUUCGCCCUUCUGUAACGAAUGAAAACCGCCUAACAUUUCAACUGGAGAAACCAAGCUGCGAGGAAAUAGCAGAGGAGGAGAGAAGGAAAAAAAAAAAAAAAGAGAAGGUAGGUGGGCCGCAAGAAAAAGU